AAUAUAUACAACGAACAGGUGACGAGUGUAUCCUGCUGGAGAGAAAAAGAGAUUCCAAGUCACGCAUUAUAUACGUAUCAGUGUAUAUUAUAUCCUGUGAAUGCAACUCAAAUGGUCUUGCUGACGUGUGCGUGUAGCCGUUGAUGAGCGCCAAGUCUAUACAGUUGAUUGUGAACAUAUCGUCAUAUAUAAAACGCCAUUUUCUUUGUAUAUGCAGUGCGUGUAGUUCACAGAGUUGAGAAUGAAGUAAAAACGGUAUUGAGUAUGAACAACUGAUUGUCAAGCAUUAUCCAGAACAGUAGAAUAUACACAUUUUCAUUCCAUACUUCCUCAAUAAACUUAAUCUUAAGCUUAACUUGUUAUAAAGAAUCAAAAAUGGCAUCUCGUAAGAAAGUUUUGUUGAAAGUUAUUAUUCUUGGUGAUUCAGGAGUGGGAAAAACUUCAUUAAUGAAUCAAUAUGUAAACAAAAAAUUUAGUAACCAGUAUAAAGCUACCAUAGGAGCUGACUUCUUGACUAAAGAAGUGAUGGUCGAUGAUAGGAUAGUAACAAUGCAGAUUUGGGAUACUGCUGGUCAAGAGAGAUUCCAGUCAUUAGGUGUUGCAUUCUAUAGAGGUGCCGAUUGUUGUGUAUUGGUUUUUGAUGUUGCUGCACCAAGUACUUUCAAGUCAUUGGAUUCUUGGCGAGAUGAAUUUUUAAUUCAAGCAUCACCACGGGAUCCUGAUAAUUUCCCAUUUGUAGUUCUGGGAAAUAAAGUAGAUUUGGAAAACAGAGCUAUUUCUAUUAAAAGAGCUCAGCAAUGGUGUCAAUCUAAAAACAAUAUACCAUAUUUUGAGACUAGUGCAAAAGAAGCAAUUAAUGUAGAACAAGCUUUUCAAACGAUAGCCAAGAAUGCAUUAGCCCAAGAAAAUGAAGUCGAGCUAUACAAUGAGUUUCCUGACCAGAUUAAAUUGACAAGUGAUCAAAGAAACAAUGGAAAAGGAGACUCCUGUGCUUGCUAGGUACCAAAUUCAAAAUCUUUGAAUGAAUUCAUAAAUCUACAGAUCAGAUUAUACAUUUUGUAAGAAUCUCUGUAUUGGUGUGACAAAAACUGCAAGUUGGUGAAGUCUGAAGCAUUUACCUUACUCUUCUUGAAUACAUUUUUAUAUUAUAUUACCAAUCCUUUAUUUGAUCUUUAUUUUUAAUUGAUAUAGCAAAUUUAUUAUAAAACACGAAACUGACGCAAUGUCUUAGUAUUUUAGGAUUUUCUUUACAUGCUUUAUAGUUUAUCCACAAUUUUUUACAUUGAUUUAUAAAGAUGAUUCAUUUAUUGAUUUAUAAUGAAAUGAAUAAAAUAUUAAUUUUACAAAUAUAUACCUCUAUUAUUAAGUAUAAUCAAGUAUUAAAUUUUUACGUAUAUAGUAAGGUACGGUCAGUCUUGCCCUUGCAAAACUCGUUGUCACUGCCGCCGAAAACGAAGCGCGGUAAAGUGAGAUUUUAAUUGCAUAACUUGCAAAAGUAUCUAAGGAUCCAAGGUAUAAAUCACUUCUAUGAAUACUAUUAGAAAUUCGUCAUCACGUAUAAAAGUGUUUUAUAGAGCAUGGCUCAUAAUGUACGCUGUAUUAUAAUUAAUUGCAUAAAAUUAAUUUUCACUAUCAAUACACGAUUACAACACGAUUACUAUUAUUAUAAAUGUAUUUACCAUUCAACAGAUACCAUUUCAUUUUGAGUAACGAAUUUAUAAAUGUCGAAUUUACAGUUAUUCAAUUAUUGUUGCCGUUGAAAAACUGAAGAAAUUCAAUGAUACCCAAGGCGUGUUUUAUUUAUUAAUGUCAGAUGUAAAAAGAGGAAACUAUUCCGUUGAACGAGAAUAAAUUUUUAUUAUAGUAUAUAAUAAGCAAACAAAUCAAUACAUAGAAUUUUCCCUUACCCCGAUUAUAAUCGUUAAUAAACAUAUAUUUGUUGAUGAAAAUAAACAAAGUCUGAAAUGUGAAACUCGUUACGAAAAUUGUAUAAAAUAUUUGUAAAAUUAUUUUACACGAUGGUUUGCUCAAUUAUGUACAAUAAGUUGAAAUUAUUCAUUAAAAAAAUGCAAUGUUAAUACAAAUCAAUAAUUACAUUUUAAUCAUACAAACAUACAAUUCUAAAUGCUUCAGAGAAUUACUGUAAUAUUGUUACUCUUGUACAAGUUUUACAAAAAUGCUAAAAAUUAUGCAUAUUAUGUCAAAAAGUAGUUACAGUGAUAUAUAAUUUUAAUAUUUGAUAGAGAAAUAAAGCCCAAAAUUCAGUCGUAAUCAA